AUGAUAUGUGGUUAUGUAAUUAUUAGAGGUAAAAAGAAGAAAAAAGAACAUGCAUGUUUAAAUACGGGCAAUUUUUGUGUGAAAGUAACACAUGUCAGUCUACCUGUUUGUAGAGGAAGGCCCAAGAAAUAUAACAAUUUUGUUGAGGAAUGUAAGCAACGAACUGGAAUAAUUAGUAUUAACAAUAAAGAUAACUUAUGUUUGCCCCGUGCUCUAAUUACCGCUAUUGCCAAAAUAGAAAAUGAUGUAAACUAUCAAAAAAUUCGACGAGAUGUAAAUAAGCAACAAUUAACAAAAGCCCAAGAAUUGGUAAAACAAGCUAACGCCAUAAUUCCCGUACUCGGCUGUGGAGUAACAGAAUUAAAACAAUUUCAAAGUUAUUUAAAUAAUUACAAAAUUGUUGUUUAUGAAUAUGGAGGUGGUGGUAGAGAUGUGAUAUUUGAAGGGAGUAAUCAUGGUAAAAGGAUCAAUUUAUUACAUUAUGAUGACCAUUUUAAUGUAAUUACCUCUCUUACUGCGGCUUUUUGCUCUUCAUAUUAUUGUGAGGAGUGUAAUAUUCCGUAUUAUGGAAAGAAUGACCACAGAUGUUCUCGUAUAUUCCCAUGUUGUCAACAUUUACUACAAUGCCGAUCAAAUGGAAACAAUAUUUUAUGUAAAGAUUGCAACAGACUGUUUCGAAGCCCUAUUUGCUUAGAAAACCAUAAAGCAUCGGGUUCAAAAAGCAAAAGUAUUUGUAAUGAAGUGAAAAAAUGUUUAAGUUGUCUUAAGACAUAUAAAUCUAAUCGACAACAUAUUUGCGGGGAAUCAUUUUGCAAAACCUGUAAUAUUCAUGUUAGUCAAGGACAUCUAUGUUUUAUUCAAAAAGACGACAAAGAACCAUCAUUAAGCAACUUUAUUUACGUGUUUUAUGAUUUAGAAACACGACAAGAACAAAAAAUUAGUGAAAAUGAAAGGCUUCACGAACCAAAUUUAUGUGUGUUAUCUCAGAGAUGUGAUAGUUGCAUCGAUGAAUCUAAAUUGUUGUUUUGCCAAAAAUGCAAAUUUAGAAACUCGCUAAAUUAUUUUCCAAUGGCUCUCUCCGAACUACCGAAAGCUUUUUAUUUACCAUCAAAUUUUAAAAAAGGAUACUUUCCAUACAAAUUUAACACCAUAAAAAAUGCGAAUUAUGUUGGCCUUUUACCAGCAAUAGAAUACUACGGGGCAGACAGCAUGAAACCAAAAGAACGUGACAUAUUUCUGCAAUGGCAUGAAAAUCAUAAAAAUGAUGUUUUUAAUAUGCAACGUGAUAUUAUUGAAUACUGUAUUUAUAAUGUUGUAAUAUUAAGAGAAGCCUGCCUUAAGUUUCGAAAAUUGUUCAUAACUGAAUGUAAUGUGGAACCGUUUUUAGAAGCCACAACUAUAGCAUCAGCCUGCAAUUUAGUGUUCCGGAGAAAUUUUCUUAAGUCCAAUACUAUCGGGCUGAUUCCUAAAAAUGGAUAUAGAUAUGCAGAUAAUCAGUCAAAGCAGGCUAUACAGUGGCUGGUUUUUGAAGAGGAAAACCGUAAAAUCAAUAUUCAACAUGCAGCUAAAGAACGGGAAGCUAUAGUGGCCGGUGUUAAAGUAAACGGUUAUUGCCAAGAAACUAAUCAAGUUUUUGAGUUUUACGGAUGCUAUUUUCAUGGGCACCCCUCUUGUCUACCACAUAAACGUGACAAACCUUUGUACGAUGAUUUAAAUGAUACUCUAAAUCACCGCUAUGCAAGAACAAUUGAAAAAAGUAGCCGAUUAAGAAAUUUAGGUUACGAAGUUGUGGAAAUGUGGGUCUUUGAAAGUUUUUUAAGUACAAAACAGAAAGAGCAUUUAAAAAAUCACCCAUUAGUAAACUGUACCCCGUUAUAUCCUCGAGAUUCAUUUUAUGGUGGUCGCACAGGAAAUACAUUUAGUUACUAUAAGUGCAAACAUGCAGAAAAAAUAAAUUAUAUUGAUGUGUGUUCCAUAUAUCCAUAUGUAUGUAAAUACGGAAAAUUCCCUAUUGGACAUCCCAAACUCCAUAUUGGAAAUACUAAAUGUUAUUCAUUAAAUUUACAAAACAUAAAUGGUCUCAUAAAGUGUAAAAUAUUGCCACCUGAACGUUUGUAUCAUCCGGUUUUACCGCUGAAGCAAAAUAAUAAAUUAAUGUUUACGUUAUGCCGUUUAUGCAGCGAACAAAGAAAUCAAAAUAAAUUUUGCACACAUUCAAAUGAUGAAAGAGCCUUAACGGGAACUUGGGUUAUCGAUGAAGUUAUUAAGGCUCUAGAAAAAAAUUAUAGGAUAUUGGAGACAAAUAUUGUUAUUAACUGGCAAUACAAAGAAGAGGUAACAGAAUCUUUAUCAACUGUGAAUGUCUCUAUUGCUGCAUUCACAACCGCACAAGCCCGUCUGAAAUUGUACACAUACUUGGAAAAGCUAGAUAAUCGAGUUUUAUAUUACGAUACAGACUCAAUAUUUUACAUAAGGCGUGAAGGUGAAUAUGAACCCCAUACUGGAGAGUUUAUAGGGGAUAUGACUAAUGAAUUAGAAAGCUAUGGCCAAGGUAGUUAUGUUACAGAAUUUGUAAGCGGUGGUCCAAAAAAUUACGCCUAUAAGGUUUUUUCUACAAAAGAUAAUUCUGAAAAAGUGGUUUGUAAGGUGAAAGGAAUUCGCUUAAACUACGACGCUUCACACAAAAUCAAUUUUGAAACGAUGAAGGAAGCUGUUUUAAAUUUAAACAAUUUUGAAAAUAUCUCCAUACUUUCUGACAAUAUUCGAAGAACAAAAGAACAUGAACUCGUUACGGUGUCUGAAACCAAAACAUAUCAACUAAAAUCCGAAAAGCGAAGAUCUUUGCAUGAUUACAGUUCGUUGCCAUUUGGUUAUAAAAGAAGAAAAAUAACUCAAUAA